GUUGCCCAUAUUCCUCCUGCCAGGAGAGGAGACAACAAAACCAGAAUGCCUCCUGAGAUGAGUGAUUUGAGGAUUGUUCUUCUUGGUAAGAGUGUGUCAGAGAACAGCCAAGUGGGAAACUUCAUCUUAGGAAGAGCUGCGUUUGACAGUGAAUCUCCUUCAGAUGAUGUAGCGCCGUACAGUGACAGAGUCCGAGGAAAACAUGCGACUGUCAUCAACACUCCUCUCCUGCUCAACCCAGAUCUCUCACUACGUCACAUCACAGAGGCAGUGAAGGAGUGUUUGUCUCUGUGUGCUCCAGGACCUCACGUGAUCAUUCUAGUCCUCAAACCUGACGAGUGUUCAAGAGAAGAGAAAGUGUGCAUCGAGAUACUGCUCAGCUGUUUCUCUGACAGUGUGUUUCAACACACCCUGGUGCUCACGACACAAGAGCCAGAACGCGCUGAGCCGACUGAAGUCAAUGAUGUCAUAAAGGAAAUCAUUAAAAAGUGUUCUAACAGACACAACAGAUUGGAGAGAAACAGCACUCCUGCUGACCUUAUAGCGACAGUUAAGGAAAUUGUUCAGGAGAAUGAUGGAUGUUACUUGAAUUGUAACAAAUGUGAAGAUUUCACUACAGAAGCCACAGAAAGAGCGGCACAGGUGGAAACAGGUCAGGAAAAAGCUAUUAGACUCCGCCAGUCUGCUGUUAACGAGAAUCCUAAAAUGUCAAGAGAAACCACAAGCAGCGAAAACAUGGAAACAGAUCUCAGCAAUGCAAAGGGCUUGAGUGUUGCACAAAUUAUAAAGGACAACCAGAGCAGAAAAAUAGAAGAUGGAAGCAAUGAAAACCUACCAAUUUUUAAACUCCAUCUGGUUGAAACAUGGCAGCACAUUGAUGGAUUCUGCAGAAGAAGCACAUUUGGGAAAAACAUCCCAAAAGAGAACAAGACCAUUAUGAUGAUCGGAGCCACAGGUGCAGGAAAAACCACUCUAAUUAACAGCAUGAUCAACUACAUUCUGGGAGUGCAAUGGGAGAACGACUUCCGGUUUGUGCUGAUAGAUGAAGGGAAGCAGAAAUCCCAGGCUGAAAGUCAGACGUCAAAGAUCACAGCAUAUCAAAUUAAUCACAUGGAUGGCUUCCGGGUCCCAUUUUCUCUGACCAUAGUGGACACACCAGGCUUUGGUGACACCAGAGGAAUUUCACAUGACCAGAAAAUCACAGCACAGAUUCAGGAGUUCUUCUCUGCCCGUGGAGGGAUCGACCACAUUGAUGCUGUGUGUUUCGUAGUACAGGCUUCACUUGCUCGUCUGACACACACACAGAAAUAUAUCUUCGACUCCAUUCUUUCCAUAUUUGGCAAGGAUAUUGCUGAAAACAUCAUUGUGCUGGUCACCUUUGCAGAUGGGAAAACGCCUCCGGUUCUCGAGGCCAUCAAAGUCUCUCAGGUUCCCUGUUCCACCAAUGAGUCCGGGGAUCCACUUCACUUCAAGUUCAACAACUCUGCCAUGUUUGCUACCAAUAAGAAAUCUGGAGGAGCUAAGGCGUCUGAUUGUGAAAACUUUGAUCAAAUGUUCUGGAAUCUGGGAUUUUCUAGCAUGACCAAAUUCUUCACGUCCCUUAACAUGAUGCAAACUAAGAGCUUGUCUCUGACACAGGAGGUCUUAAAAGAGCGACAACAGCUAGAAGUGCUUGUGGAACGUCUCCAGCCCCAGAUUAAUGCUGGUCUGACAAAACUGAAUGAAAUCAGGGAGACAUAUGCUGCUCUGGAGCAGCACAAGGCUGAAAUGGAUGCAAACAAGGAUUUUGAAUACGAGAUUGAAGUAACUGUCCCAAAACAGAUCAAAAACACAUCUAGCACCUUCUUAACCAACUGCCAAACUUGUCACUUCACAUGUCAUGACAAAUGCGCUUAUGCAAAUGACUGUGAUAAAUAUAUGUGCUCUGCCAUGAAAAACGGAAAGUGUAACGUCUGCCCUGGAAAGUGUGUCUGGAAUGUGCACUUCAAUCAGAAAUACAAAUGGGAUUAUGUCACACAAAAAAAAAAGGAAACCUAUCAGGAUUUAAAAAAGCGAUAUGAGGAUGCACAUGGACAGGUCAUGUCAACAGAAAAGAUCUUUGAAGAGCUUGAAAAUGAGCUUGAUGUUGUCCAGGAUACUGUGGCAGGACUUAUUAAAAACUCUCAAAUGUCCUUGGAGCGGCUGCAGGAAAUUGCCCUCAAGCCCAAUCCUCUUUCUGUCCCGGACUACAUUGAUCUGAUGAUUGAAUCUGAAAAACAAGAAGCCAAACCUGGAUUUAAGGAUCGCAUUAAGUCUUUAUUGGAAGUCAGGCAGAAAGCAGACAUCAUCAGUAAGGUUUCCACAGGAGAAGUGCUUCCACAGCAUUGGAAAGAAUACAAACGCACAGGAACAGGAAAAAAUAAAACUUUGAGUGAUAUAAGAGGCUGGCUCAAUGUAACGCUUCAAGGAUUAUGGAAAAAGUAGGCAGGAACCAGCGAAUAAUAAAUGAAACUAAUAAUGACGUCAACAAUCAACACAAAAUGAAAGUAAAGUGGAACCCCCUCACAGACGACUGCUACACAAACAAAACUCCCUGGCCUGGUCCUCUCACAUCCUUCACUGUCAUCUCUCCUCCUUUUAUCCUUCCAGAGCUCCACCAUGGGUCUCGUGACCGCUGUGACACACAGGUGUCGUUCAUUUACACUCGCACCACCGGCCUCGCUCUGUUCCCACGCCUAACCUGCUCUGCUAAACACAUUCAGUAAAACUAAGAAUUUUGUUUUUUUGUUAAAAUGUUCUGUAUGCGUUUUAAUUAUACUUAACACAUUAGUUUAAAAAUGGUCUUCAUCUUCAAUCUGCAUAUGAUGUACAAU